AUGCUGGUGCUGGCGAAAAAGAAGGAGCUCGAGGAGAAGGAGAAGGCGCGGGCCAAGGGCAAGUCGCCUUCCAAGCGGCCGGCGUCCAGCUCAGAGUCGGAGGAGGAGGAGGGCCUGCACGUGAGCAAGCGGGCCAAGUCUUCCCACGAUGCUUCAGGCAGCGGCCCCUCCAGCGACAAUGGGGUGAGCGGCGACGGGCGGGCGCUUCCCCCGCCCAAGAAGUUCAACCCCUACACACACCACAGCGGAAGCGAGUCGGAAGACGAGCUGCAAGGCUCUGAAGAGGCUGCUCCGCGAAAGCCGCACAAGUCAAGAUGGGAAAGUGAUGACGAAGAAGAACCCAGUUCGAAGCCAGAGGUAGAGGAUGCUCCGAUGCCAGAGGCCCAUGAGGAGAAUGAUGGAUCGUCAGGCACAGAUGAUGACAUGUCUUCUGGUAACAGGAUACCAGACAUGUGCCAAACCAGCCGGGGUGUGGACGAAUACCAGUACCUGCACAAGAUCAGUGAGGGGACAUAUGGCAUUGUCUACAAGGGAAGGGAGAAAUCAACCAACCGCUUUGUGGCCCUGAAGCGCAUAAAGCAGGACAAGGCAAAGGAUGGCUUUCCUCUGACUUCCUUGCGGGAGAUCAACAUCCUCACCUGCCUCAAGCAUCCCAACAUCGUCAACGUGUCUGAGGUGGUCGUCAGCGGCAGCGGCGGUGCCUCCUCCGUAUUCAUGGUGAUGGAGUACCUGGACCAUGAUCUCAAGCGUGUCUCAGAAAUGCAGAGGCAUCGCUUCACCAUUUCCCAAGUGAAGUGCAUCAUGCAACAGCUCCUGUCUGGUUUGGCAUAUCUCCAUGAGAACUGGGUCAUCCAUAGGGACUUGAAAUUCUCCAACAUCUUAUACAACAACAAGGGAGAGGUGAAGAUCUGUGAUUUUGGGCUUGCCCGGCAGUACGGGUCGCCACUCCAGAAGUACACUCAGGUAGUUGUGACGCUUUGGUACAGAGCACCUGAACUGCUGCUCGGGGUUGACAAGUACUCGACCGCCAUCGACAUGUGGUCAAUGGGGUGUGUCAUGGGGGAGCUGCUCAAGGGCAAACCGCUGUUCGACGGCAAGUCGGAGCUGGGCCAGCUCGACAAGAUCAUAAAGAUCAUGGGCUCCCCAAGCGAGGAGAACUGGCCGGGCCACAAGCAGCUUCCGAACUACCCAAAGGUUGCACUUGGGAAAGAACCAUGCAGGUUGCGAGAGAUGUUUCCCAUCACAUCGUUCACAGGGGGCCCGACCCUGACAGACAAGGGCUUUGAUCUACUGUCCAAGCUCCUGGCCUACGACCCAGAGCAGCGGAUAUCUGCUCACGAUGCUCUGAACCAUCCAUGGUUCGAGGAGCGACCCCUGCCGGCAAGCAAGGAGAUGCUGCCCACGUUUGGCUGA